UGCAUCUAUUUCUCCCCUGGAUCAGGGAAAACCGAAGGAGUUCUGCACUCUAUACCUAAAGGAAAGCUUCCCUUUGAUACCAUACAUAUCGACCAUCUCGGUCCUUUUCCUAACUCCCGUUCUAGCAAGAAACAUAUUCUUGUGGUAGUCGAUGGUUUUACCAAAUUUGCAAAGUUAUAUGCGACUAAAAGCACUAAGAGUAAAGAAGCUAUAUCUUGUUUAGAAACAUAUUUUGCCAACUUUUCAAGACCAAAUCGCAUAAUAUCAGAUCGUGGAACCUGUUUCACCUCAAAGGAGUUUGCUGAGUAUAUGAAAGCCAACAAUAUUCAACAUGUUAAAGUGGCAACUCACUCCCCACAAUCUAAUGGUCAGGUUGAACGCCUUAACCGCAUAAUAACACCUAUGCUUGCGAAAGAGUGUGAAGCCUCAUCGAACAGUGGUUGGGACAAACAUUUGGAUAAAGUUGAGUUUGCCAUCAACAACAGUGUCAACCGAAGCACCGGUUUUGCUCCAAGCACCUUAUUAUUUGGUAGAAAUCAGAAAGGAGAGUUUUGUGACAAGGUCAGAGAAUAUUUAGUUGAAAACGUAGCCUCUGAAGGAAAGAGUUUGGAAGACAUUAGGGAUGAAGCUGAAGUCAAUAUUGAAAGGGAACAAAAACGAAAUAAAACUUAUUAUGACAAUCAUCAUAAAAGUCCGACAAAAUAUAAACCUGGCGAUUACAUUAUGGUAAAAAAUGUCGUCACCACUCCGGGAAUAAAUAAAAAACUGUUGGCCAAAUAUCGAGGACCAUAUGAGGUUAAAAGCGUCCUACCUAAUGACAGAUAUACUAUUGGUGACAUCGACGGACUACAAUUAUCACGGCUACCUUACAAAGGUAUAAGCUCUCCGAGCAAUAUGAGAUUGUACGCGGUACCCAACGCUGACUUGAAGCAUGAUAAGAUGAAUGCAUCUUAAGAAUAAAAGUCAACUAAAUAAAUCUCAUUCAUUUUAUAAUGCGCCCACACUAAUAAUCUCAAUGGAUUUACUAUCGACAAAUAAUUUUUUUUAUAAUUUAACUUUUUAUUCUUAAUUGCUUUGAAUGUGAUUUGUAAUUUUCUUUAUUUAAAUGUUCAUUUAAUUUAAUUUCUUAUUUACAUCUUCUAUGUAUUUACACGAAAUUUAUAAGU